AUGGAGAAGACCUACUCCCUGACCGCUCAUUAUGACGAGUUCCAGGAGGUCAAGUACGUGAGUAAAUACAGCAGCGGCGGCACUUUGCCCAACGGUUUCAACCUGCAGCUGGGCACCCCCGGGCCCAAGAAGCAGCGGUGUGGCCUGCCCCGCUGGAGCCGGCGCGAGAUCUGCCUGCUCUCCGGGCUGGUCUUUGCCGCCGGGCUUUGCGUCAUUUUGGGGUGUAUCCUGGUGCUGAAGUACCUGGCCAUGGAGCACGACGCCUACUGCCUGGAGGGCUGCCAGGAGCGGAAAGCCUACAUCAAGGCGUCCCGUUUUAUCGCCAGCAAUAUUGAUCCCACCAUCGACCCCUGCAAGGACUUCUACUCCUUCGCCUGUGGCGGGUGGCUGCGGCGGCAUGCCAUACCCGAGGACAAGCUCAUCUACGGCAUUAUCGCCGCCAUCGGGGAGCAGAACGAGGAAAAGCUCCAGCGGCUGCUCAUGCAGCCCGUGCGGCGAGGCUACCGGGCCUCGGCCGAGCGCAAAGUCAAGGAUUUCUUCCGUGCGUGCCUGGACAUGGCCGAAAUCGACCGGCAGGGUGCUCGACCCAUGUUGGAGGUCAUUGAAGACUGCGGGGGGUGGGACAUGGCCUUAACGGGCAGGCAGGCCCGCUGGGACUUCAACGAGCUCUUGUACAAGACACAAGGGGUCUACAGCACGGCGGUCUUCUUCUCGCUCACCGUCAACUUGGACGACAAGAACUCCUCGCGCUACGUCAUCCGGAUCGAUCAAGACGGAUUGACGCUGUCUGAGCGAACUCUCUACCUGGGACAGGAUGAGGAAAGCGAAAAGAUCUUGGCUGCUUACCGGGUGUUCAUGGAGCGGCUGUUGAGCCUGUUGGGGGCAGAGCACGUGGAGCAGAAAGCCAGCGAGAUCUUGCGGCUGGAACAGAGGUUGGCCAACAUCACAGUUUCUGAAUACGACGACCUCCGUAGGGACAUCAAUUCCAUGUACAACAAAGUGACCUUGGGAGAACUGCAGCGCAUCGUGCCAAAUCUGAAAUGGAAGCGGCUCCUCGACCGAAUAUUCCACGACAGUUUUUCGGAAGAUGAGGAAGUGGUGCUGCUGGCCACUGAUUACAUGCAGCGGGUGUCCGAGCUCAUCCAUUCCACCCCAAUCAGGAUCCUCCAUAACUACAUGCUGUGGCGCAUCGCAGUGGUGCUAAGCGAGCAUCUCUCGACCCCCUUCCGGGAUGCCAUCCAUGAGCUUGCCAAAGAGAUGGAGGGUGCUGAGAAGCCGCAGGAGCUGGGCAAAGUGUGCCUUAGCCAGGCCAACAAACACUUUGGCAUGGCCCUGGGAGCUCUCUUCGUGGAAGAGUAUUUCUCCUCGGCCAGCAAGGCCAAGGUGCAGCAGUUAGUAGAAGACAUCAAACAUAUCUUGGACAGACGACUGGAAGAGCUGGACUGGAUGGACGAUGCCACACGGCGGGCAGCGAGAGCUAAGCUCCAGCAUAUGAUGGUGAUGAUCGGCUACCCGGAUUUUCUGCUCAACCCAGAAGCUAUCGACAAGGAAUACGAGUUUGAAGUCCAUGAGAAAACCUACUUCAAGAACAUCCUUAAUAGCAUCAAAUUCAGCAUUAAGCUUUCGGUGAAGAAAAUCCGUCAGGAGGUGGACAAGUCAGCGUGGCUGCUGCCCCCUCAGGCGCUGAAUGCUUACUACCUCCCCAACAAGAACCAAAUGGUGUUCCCCGCUGGGAUCCUGCAGCCCACCCUCUAUGAUCCAGAAUUCCCACAGUCUCUGAAUUAUGGUGGGAUAGGCACGAUCAUUGGACAUGAACUGACCCACGGAUAUGACGACUGGGGAGGCCAAUACGAUCGCCAUGGCAACCUGAUGCACUGGUGGACCGACACCUCCUACAGCAAGUUUCUGAGGAAGGCCGAGUGCAUCGUCAACCUGUACAACAACUUCACGGUCUACAACCAGGGGGUGAACGGAAAGCACACACUGGGAGAGAACAUUGCCGACAUGGGAGGGCUGAAACUCGCCUACUACGCCUAUCAGAAAUGGGUGCGGGAACACGGCCCCGAAAGCCCCCUGCAGAGGCUGAAGUAUACCCACGAACAGCUUUUCUUCAUUGCUUUUGCUCAGAAUUGGUGUAUUAAACGGCGCUCACAGUCCAUCUACCUGCAGGUGCUGACUGACAAACAUGCACCUGAACACUACAGGGUUCUUGGCAGCGUCUCACAAUUUGAAGAAUUCGGCCGGGUCUUCCACUGCCCCAAGAAUUCACCCAUGAACCCGGCUCGCAAAUGCUCCGUCUGGUGA